AUGGAUAGCGAUGAGUAUAAAAAAGAAGUUGAAGCAAAUGUAAAGGCAGAAAAACUUUUACAGUUGCAAAACCAAACCGUACAGUAUGAAAACUUAGCACAAGAAAGUAAAAAUAACGACGCAGCCAUGCAAAAGGCAAUGAAAAGCGCAGAAUAUAUAAAAGCUAACAAUGACUGGUUAGAUGCCCAAGCCAACGCUAAAGCAGCCCAACUUAUAGGGUCAAUAAGGACAAAAAUACAAGCGGAUGAAGACAGUUCAAAUGAAGCUUUAAUGAAUGCUGACUUUAAGAAUGCCUUCGAAGCUCUUCAUAGUAAGGUGAAACAAGUGAACGACUUCUCAUCUGGAAAGAAACUGAAGUCUGAAGGUUUCGACAAAGAGUUAAAAGAAGUAGCACAAAAUAUAACGAAAAUAACAGAUGCAGCAACGAGACAGGCAGUUCAAAGUGCCUAUGACGCCGUUAGAGCAACUGUUGUGGAAAGUCAAGAAAAAGAGUUACAACAGACCAAAACAGACCUAGUAAAUGCUUUCUUAAAAACGAAAAGUCAGGUAGGACACUAUGCUGCAGAUGGAACAUAUGUGCCAGCUGGUGGAACUUAUAUACCAGCUGGUGGAACUUAUAUACUAGCUAGUGGAACUUAUAUACCACCAAACCCUCCAAGAGAAGCACCUGCACCAGGACUACCUAAAACAUUUACAUCGUCACAUGGACACAGACACAGGCAUGCACCAAAACCAACAGUUCAAAAUCCAGCACCACAACAACAACCAGCACAACAACCACCUCCACAACCAGCACAGCAACCAACAGUUCAAAACCCUGCACAACAACAACCACAAACAGAGCAAGGACAUAAAAGAAGUAGAGAACAAGGAAACCAAGAUUUCUUAAAAAUGCUUAAAGAAGACUAUGGUUACCCAGAUACUCUUGACUUUAGUGACAGAUAUAAAGAAGCUAUUAGAAAGUUCAAGGAAGGAAAUACUGACCCGAACCUAUUUAGCUUUAUGGUUCAGCACCAAAUGGGAUAUAAUUUCAAACCUGGAAAAUACAAGCUCGCUAAGGGAUAUGAUUUAAUAGCAUAUCAUCCAAAUGACAUGACUGAAUUUACUCCGAGAUAUUUG